CUGAAGAAGAUAUGCAGUAAUUGUGCGUGUAACAACAAAACAUGGCGAACAAGUCAUCACUACGUUCGGUUGCCUUUGCGGCUGUUGUAUUUUCGACGGUAGCCGUAACAGCUUGUAUUUUCACGUUUCCUAUGGUUUUCUAUUACGUUCAAACAUUACAAGCAACCGUGCAGAGUGAAGUAGAGUAUUGUAAGUCACGUUCACGUGAUAUGUGGAGAGAGAUGGUGGAGAUGGGGCCAGAAAGGGAUAGUGAACCAUUUGAUAUACUGGUUCGUGCUACCCGUCAAACUGAAGCUCAGUGCUGCACAUGUCAACAAGGACCGCCUGGACCAGAUGGUCCACCAGGCACGCCGGGAAGAGAUGGCACACCAGGCGAAGGACCUGGAGCGCCUGGACCACCAGGUCCAGAUGCCGACCUCCAUGAUCGGUUGCUUCCAGUACCUCCGCAAUGUCCAUGUCAGGCUGCACCUGGACCUGCUGGACCGCCUGGAUCACCCGGACCUGAUGGACAACCUGGAGGUCCUGGACCAAGCGGUGAUGAUGGAGCACCAGGUCCUCAAGGACCACCAGGAUCACCAGGUGCUCCUGGUCAAAGUGGACAGCCCGGACAACGUGGACCACCAGGUGAACCUGGUCAACUCAUUCCGGGAGAACGGCCACCACCAGGACCUCCAGGACAACCAGGACGACCAGGCUCACCAGGGCAACCUGGUCGACCUGGACCAUCAGGCAGAGACGGUGAGGCAGGAGGACUCGGAGGCCCAGGAGAACCAGGACCACGCGGUCCACCAGGUCCAACUGGACAACCAGGAGCACCAGGUGAACCAGGUCAACCAGGUGCACCGGGAAGCUGUGAUCAUUGUCCACCAGCGCGUCUUGCUCCGGGUUAUUAAACGCUGGAACAUAACACAGCACUUUGUCUCUCAGUGUCUCCUCAAUUUCUCUUAUAAAAUCAC